AUGGCGGAGAAUCAGAGCAACUUAUCCAGCCAGACCGGUCAAGGUUCUGGCAGAUCUUUUAAUUUUCCGCGAAUGGAUUUUCGAACAAAUAAUGAUGUUCAAAAUGAGAUGUCGGAGAGACGAAGACAGCUGAAACUUAGUUUCCAAACGCAAGGCAAUAAUUUGUCAUUUGCCAAUUCUACAAAUUCUUUAUUGUCAAAUUCAACAGGAGCCAUGGCGUGUCCACCAAUAUCCUCUCGCCCAAGUCUGCCUUUAUCUCUACCUAAGCUGCCAGUAAGAUCUCGCAAUAUGUUACAGCAGCAAGAAUUUCUUCCUGAUAAGGCAAGAGACAAACUACGAAUGUGCCAGUCUAUGCAGACUACUGGUAAAUUGCAAUUAUCUUCAGACAUAGUGUACGAUUUCACAAGCGAGGACCUUCAGGAUCUUGGAGAAAUAGGAAGAGGAGGAUUUGGAACUGUAAAUAAAAUGAUUCAUAGGAUAAGCAAUACCGUUAUGGCUGUGAAGAGAAUUCGCUCUACCGUGGACGAAAGAGAACAAAAGCAAUUGUUAAUGGAUUUGGAAGUUGUGAUGAAAUCGAAUGAAUGCCCGUGUAUUGUGCAAUUUUAUGGCGCUUUAUUUAAAGAGGGAGAUUGUUGGAUUUGCAUGGAACUUAUGGAUACAUCGUUAGAUAAGUUUUACAAGUUCAUCUAUGAGAGAUUAAACGAGAGGAUACCAGAAUGUAUUCUAGGCAAAAUCACAGUUGCCACUGUAAAGGCACUGAAUUACCUCAAAGAGAAACUAAGAAUAAUUCACAGGGAUGUGAAACCUAGUAAUAUUUUAUUGGAUCGUCGAGGUAACAUAAAAUUGUGCGACUUUGGUAUAUCUGGCCAGCUUGUGGACUCGAUUGCGAGGACUCGUGAUGCUGGUUGUAGACCAUACAUGGCUCCGGAAAGGAUAGACCCUCAACGCGCACGUGGCUACGAUGUACGGAGCGACGUAUGGUCAUUAGGUAUUACGCUGAUGGAGGUUGCUACAGGAUACUUUCCAUAUCCAAAGUGGAACUCUGUUUUUGAACAACUGUAUCAAGUAGUUCAAGGUGAUCCGCCGCGACUUUCCCCCAAUGAGAAUGGCAAUCACUUCACUAUGGAUUUUGUGAACUUUGUGAAUACAUGCUUAAUUAAAGAGGAGACGCAGCGACCGAAGUACAAUAAACUGCUGGAACAUCCGUUCAUCAGACAAGCCGAGGAAGCGACGAUCGAUGUCGCGGCGUACAUCAGUGGUGUUCUGGACAAUAUGGCUAAUAACGGAGUGACACCGUUCACUACUAAUCAACCAUAAGAAUCGGUAAUUAAAGCAGUGAGGUGACUGCAGGGCAUGUCACACAUCAUAAUACAUCGGUUUUUGCAGUUCUCUUCAAACUUUUACCUUUCGAAUACCGUGUAUGAACAAUGUUAUUGCACUCCGAACGAUAUCUCGUAGAUAGCGGAAACCGAUGACUGUUUCAGUCGACAUGCGUCGUCGUCUCACUUAGAAUUUGUAUUCUCGUGGUCAUGGAAUGACCACGUGUGCGCAAUAGAAUGACUAUUGAGAAGCGCGCUGGCGAGCUGGCAUUUGUUAAAUUGAAUUACAAUCGGUAUGCACGUACGUUUUUUCUCCUCGUAUUCCAUCUCUCUCCUUUUCCUUCUCUUCCUCUGACUCUUAAACAUAUACGUGCGUGCGCGCGCGUGCGCUCAUACACAAUACAAUCGUAGGUAUACAUCACAUUCUGACAGCGUUUUCUUCGGUUCAUGUAAUUCGCGCAAUAACGCGACUUAUUCAAUGAAAUAUUUAUAUUUAUAUAUUAGAAUUUC